GGGAACCAGCAGCCUCUCCGCCCCGCCCAGGAGCGCGGGGGCCGCAGCGAGCAACACGGCCGGCUCCCGCCGGUGGCUGGGGCCUUCCGGCUCCCGACCAGCGCCCUUGGGGCGGAUGUGAAGGGGCAGGACCUUGUUCCCAACUCCAGGAACCUCUUCUGGACCACGGGCGCAGCAGCAGCACCCAACGCUAGGGUGAGCAGCGGGCAGGUUUGUUCCAGUGCAUUUGAGGAAGAAAUAAAACUCCCUUGGCCCAGCCGCGGUAGGUCCUAAGCCCGGAAGCUGCCCUGGGAGGCGGCCUCGACAAGGCUGUCGGGCCGCGGGUUUCGACCCUUGGAGCUUUGGAGCCAACAGUCCCUUUCAAGUUUGCGCGGCGCGGGCCCGGCGCGCAGGUUCCGGCUCUCGGGCCCGCGCGCUCCGCCGGUGGCGCCCGCAGCCCGCUCUCGGCCAGCCCUGGUGGAAGAGGCGGAGCCCCGUUUUCGCCCCGCCCCCUCCUUGCGCAGCCAAUAGAUGGCGGCGCCCGGCCCCACGUGAGGUAAGACCGGCCGGGCAGCAGGCAAAAUGUGAAUGAGAAAGAGGAGCGCGAUUUAAAGGUGCUGGCGGCGCCCGCCGAAGAGAAGUGCGCCAGCUUCGCGCGCUCCCCAGCGGCCCGCGGGAGGCGACGGACUGCGGGUCCGACAGAAGGACGCACCGACGGCUGCGAGCCGGGGCCGAGGGUGGCAGACGAGACGCGCGCGGGCUCCGACGGGCAGGCGGCGGGCAGCGGCACCGGCUAGCCCGCGGGGCCCGGGUGCCCUCUCCACUCCGGGGCGCACGGCCUCACCCCUCGCACCGCCCGCACGCGCUCCCGCCGGGCAUGCAACCCGCCCAGGACUGAGGGUCGGCGGCGCCUGCUUUCAGGGUCCCGCUCGGCCCCUGCCCGGCGCACCCGGCUGUGCUCCCGGCGCCCGGCGGGCUUCCUGGCGGCGGCGCGGCGCGGGGACUUUUCGCCUCUCGCUGGCCUCUCCCGAGCGCGUCUAUGAGCGCAGCGUUCCCGCCGUCGCUGAUGAUGAUGCAGCGCCCGCUGGGGAGUAGUACCGCCUUCAGCAUAGACUCGCUGAUCGGCAGCCCGCCGCAGCCCAGCCCCGGCCAUUUCGUCUACACCGGCUAUCCCAUGUUUAUGCCCUACCGGCCGGUGGUGCUGCCGCCACCGCCGCCGCCGCCACCCGCGCUGCCCCAGGCCGCGCUGCAGCCCGCGCUGCCGCCCGCGCACCCUCACCACCAGAUCCCCAGCCUGCCCACCGGCUUCUGCUCCAGCUUGGCGCAGGGCAUGGCGCUCACCUCCACGCUCAUGGCUACGCUGCCUGGAGGCUUCUCCGCGUCCCCCCAGCACCAGGAGGCGGCGGCCGCCCGCAAGUUCGCGCCGCAGCCGCUGCCGGGUGGCGCCAACUUCGACAAGGCGGAGGCGCUGCAAGCCGACACUGAGGACGGCAAAGGCUUCCUGGCCAAGGAGGGCUCGUUGCUUGCCUUCUCCGCGGCCGAGGCUGUGCAGGCUUCGCUCGUCGGGGCUGUCAGAGGGCAAGGGAAAGACGAGUCAAAGGUGGAAGACGACCCGAAGGGCAAGGAGGAGAGUUUCUCGCUGGAGAGCGAUCUGGACUACAGCUCGGAUGACAAUCUGACCGGCCAGGCGGCUCACAAGGAGGAAGACCCCGGCCACGCGCUGGAGGAGACCCCGCCGAGCGGCGGCGCGGCGGGCAGCACCACGUCCACCGGCAAGAACCGGCGGCGGCGGACUGCCUUCACCAGUGAGCAGCUGCUGGAGCUGGAGAAAGAGUUCCACUGCAAAAAGUACCUCUCGCUGACCGAGCGCUCGCAGAUCGCCCAUGCCCUCAAACUCAGCGAGGUGCAAGUGAAAAUCUGGUUCCAGAACCGGCGCGCCAAGUGGAAACGCGUGAAGGCUGGCAAUGCCAAUUCCAAGACAGGGGAGCCCUCCAGGAACCCCAAGAUCGUCGUGCCCAUCCCCGUCCACGUCAGCAGGUUCGCUAUCAGAAGUCAGCAUCAGCAGCUGGAGCAGGCCCGACCCUGAGGGCCCAGGGAGAGCCGGGGCCUGGACGGCCGUGGAGAAGCCACAGCGCUGGAGGGAAGCACCGUGGCCUCUGCCAUGUUUGAAGCAAACUCAAAGUCACCCCCCAACUUUGGACAUCCCAAGCCCAUUGAGAGUAUAUUCAUUAAAAAGGCUUACAAGACUGCUUUUGAAGGGGUUACAGCUACACCUGAAGAAACACUAAAUAUUUAUUAUACUGUCCUACUUUGUACAUAGAUAUCUAUAUAAACUGGAUCGCAGCUGCAGUAUUUUGAAAGUUAUAGGACCAAACUACCCAGUAAUAUUCUCCACUCACAUUCCCGAAGAAAACAAAACCUCUGCUGUAAUCCGCCUUGCUUAGCAGCCUCCUUUCCAUACUUUUCCAAAGGUAAAAACAUGACACUCAAGAACACACCAUGGGGCUUAUGCUCAUUUUUGUUUCUAUCUUGUUUUUUGUUUUUUGUUUUAGUUGACUGAAAAGCAGAUGUUUGGGGGCAGCCUGGAAAUUUGCUUUGCUUUGGUUUUGCCUGGCUUUCUUUCCUGGGGUUGCACAUCCUAUCUGAGCCAUGUUUGAAGCACGUCUCUGUUGUGUUUAAUUUAUUUCAAUGUCACUUAUUUUCUUAUAAGUUAUGACAUUUAAACAAUCACAG